GACCGUAUUUGCGCCCACUAAUCGAGCGUUCCAGAAGUACAACGGGAGCACGAAGAAUUUGGUUCUCUACCAUAUGUCGAACCGGCCUCUGACGAUCGAGGAGCUCAGGGACUCGAUAUCUUCCGAGCUGGAGGGCAACCCACCGCUAUGGAUCACCAGGAGAUCGAGCACGCAUGGCGUGGACGUGUACAUCAACAACGCGAAGAUCCUCUUGGAGCAGAGCAACUUCCAAUCGAAGCUGAAAGUCAACGGCGACACUAUGACUCAGGUUCUGCACAUCAUAAACGAAGUACUGGAGCCGGUGCGAUCCAACUCGGCUGAGUCGCAGAUUUACAAUCCGAACGCUUUUCAGUUCCUGAACCAGAGCGAGAAUCUCAAUUUGGGCGACCACCGCAUACGUACCUUCCGACAGCGGAUCAUCUUCGAGAAGAAGGAGGCGAUUUUCAAGACCGAGGGACGUUAUACCUUCUUCAUCCCCGUUGACGAGGGUUUCAAGCCGGAACCGAGGCCGAUGAAGAUCGACCCGCUGGUGAUCGACGGCCACGUCAUACCCAACCAAGUCCUCUUCACGGCGCCGACACCGGACAAUGGGCAGUACCCGACCCUCGUGUUCUCCGAGAAUCUGAAAGUCACCGUCAGCUUCCUCAAGGCGCACAAUAAAGUCUACGUCAAAUCGAAUACAGUAGUGGGCGAUUCGAAUCACCCGACCGGAGCGGUGCUGGCAGAAAUAGUCAAGGCAAACGUUCCGGUGCGCAACGGUGUGGUCCAUCUGAUACAACGACCGCUCAUGGUCAUCGACACCACCGUGAGGGAUUUCCUGGAGGAAAAGGAGGACGGGCCGGUGUACAAGUUUUACGAGACCAUCCGCGAUUUCGGGGACGACAUCAUGAGCACCAUUAGUCACUUGCGCGACGUAACCCUCUUCGCGCCCAGCAACGCCGCGCUGGAGGAGCCGGGCGUGAAGCAGAUCCUGCAGGAUAAAAAGCGCGUCAAGGAGAUCCUCAACCUGCACUACGUCAAGGAACGAUUACCUCUCGAGAAGAUCAAAGACAAGACCAUCACCCAGAAACCAUCGGUUGGGAGGCAACACGCCGGGGUGCAGACCGCCGCCGACAGGAAGAAGCUCUACUUCAACGUGGUGCAGGGACCCACCGGAAAUCAGACCGUCACCGUGGAGGGCGGCGGCGUGAACGCCACCAUCAUCACCGCCAACAUCGCCGCCACCAACGGAAUUAUUCACAUAAUCGACAGGUUUCUCGGAGUGCCGUACACCACCGUGCUCGACAAGCUCAGGACCGACCCGAUGCUCAACACGACCUACGUGCUGGGUCAGCGACGCGGGUUCAACGAUCAGCUGAACGACACGACGAAGCGGUUCACGUAUUUCGUUCCGUACGACUACGCGUGGACCGUGGCGUCCGAGAGGUAUCCGUCAACAUGCAAGAAGCUCUUCAUGCCUGAGUACAGUUAUCACACGAAGCAGAUCCUGGAGCGACACCUCGUGAUAGCGGAUCAGGCGUAUACGAUGUCGAAGUUGAAGGAGAUGAGCAACGACACCAUCUCCCUGCCGGCGGCCAGGGACACUCUGAGACUCCGCGUCAAGGAGCACGGCGAAAAUGAGAAGUACGACGAAAACGCAAUCCGUCCAGAAAUGCAAUUCGGCUACAGCGUGGAGUGGCAGGGCGAAUGGAUCCGAGUCUUCCGUCCGGACGUCGAGUGCACCAACGGCAUCAUCCACGUGAUGGAUAAGGUGUUCCUCAAGGACAGCGACGUACGGGUGACGGGCGGCGCGUCGCUCGCCACCCUCGCCCCCCAUCUAAUCAUGAUACUGAUAGCCAAGUGGCACCUGUAAAACCCGAUCGCGCGUCUCGCACAGGUGCAUCCAUAGGGAUUUCCUUGGGGCCGUCUCCGAUCGUCCUCGCGCGACCAGCAGCAGCGACACCGCGGCGACGCUUCGGCGAGUAGGCCUGGUCGAUCGUCCCGCGCGGCAGGACGCUCGUUACGCAGUGAUCGGGGGGCAGGGGGGAGUAGAGAACGACAAUCGCGAGGAUCCGAGGAUCCCGGGCAGCCGAGAAACCAAAGAUUCGAGCCACCGAGAACAACGCGGAGACACGAAGGCCCGAGGAUCCGCGGAUCCGUCCGCGUGGACGCGACCUCUACUCGCUCUCUCGACGGACGUGAGAGAGCGUGCGAGGAGGGGAACGGAGACCGGCCACGUCGGCCGAUCGCACGAAGGAAGCUCUCACCGACGGGAGGACGACCGAGCACUUCACGAUCGCACGGCCUCAGACAGCCAGGAUAGCCUAUUAUUUAUUGAGUAAUCGUCCGUGGACGCAGACAAACGAACAUACACACACACACACACGCACACAUUCACACAUAGCGGGACAAUUUUGCGAGUUAGGAGCGUUAAUCGUAGCAAAUGAAACGGUUAACGUAUCGAGUAAUCUAAAGAAAUUUCUCGACCGGAAGGAAGGACAGGAGAGGGCAGAAUGGGAGAUUUCGAGGUACACCCGCUUCGACGAAGGGCGGCGACGAGCGCGAGGCGGAGUCAUUUGCCGAUCGCGUCGCGAUCUGCCGAGGGAGCCGUCAUCGUCCGGGCCUCAGAUCGAAGAGCUGAAUUCGAUUCUCGCCACCUUCGUAAUCCGCGGAUCCCCCGCGCUCACGGCUGCUCGGUAAUUACGCCGCGGGACGAGCGCGCCUCGCUUACGAGCGACUCUGCUCGGUUCUUUCGCGGAGCCCGCCGCGAACUCGUACUGCCGCCUGUCGCGAGCGUAUAAAGUAGGGCUAGAACUAUCCGACAUUUUCGAAGUUUCGAACUCUGAUCGAAGAUUCGAAAUAUCGAAGCUGUUAAUGGGACUGAUUUCGGAGAGUGCGGCAAGAUGCCGUGCAAUUAUAGAGUAUCAGUUUAACCGGGUUAAUAUUAAGACGCUCUAAGAUGGGAUAUACGUUAUUGGGUAAGUAUCUUUCGUUCGUUUCUGAGAUUUGUACUUGUCCAGUUGAAAACAAAGUGAACGAAGAGAGCACAAGUAAUAAACAACAAAUCUCAUUAACUUUAUUGUAAAAUAAAAUGCAAACUUCGUCAUGAUGUGUAACGACAUAACACAAUGCGAGAAAAAAUUUCUUUAGGACAGUAAAUACUACUUACUACACCCACACGAAGCGAACACGCGUACUUUCCAGUUAGUGGAAUUUUGAAUAUUGAAACAUCCGAAUGUUCGGAUUUUCGCGCUUCAAAAUUUCAUUAUUCGAAACAACAUAAUGUGUCGAAGGUUCAGAAAUUCGAACAAGCUUCGAAUGUAACUUCUAGCCCUUCAACGACGAGGGAUCUUUUCGUCCGCGGAAACUCGCGAGUUCCCGGCUGCUUGGAUCCUCGCGAGACGUGUGUCCUCCUAUCCCAAAUCCUCCAGGAUCCACAGAUCACUCGGUCCGUUGAUUCCCCGGGCAAGAGCACACACGGGCUCGUUGGAGCUCCCGAGCUUCCUCCGACGUUCCUCGGUUUAACGCUUUGAGACCGGAUUUCGUCCUUCGACGAUAAUUACUUCGACCACGAUCGGCGUUACUUUCCUCACAAGCGCGUUUUUACCCCCUCGUCGGCCCUUUGCGAACGCAUAGAAGGACGCAAUCAUCAGAGUGACCCGCGAAGCUCCGCGGAAAAGUACCUGAAUCCGAAAAGCCGAACCCGCCGAGUCUCUCCUCGAAUUUGCAUUCCGCGCGCUGUUUUACGCUGUUUUAAACCGCAACGACACACCCGGACACAAACACACAGAUACGGUUCGUCCCUCCGUGUUCGGAAUAAAGCCUCAAACGGCAUUGUUUCUCCAUCGCGUACCACUCCCGGUCUUAAAGGAUUAAUUGUCGCGCUAUUAGCGACGGCGGCGGCGCGCUAUCGAUCGUCGGCAGCCGUUGGCGAAAUAGUAUCGGCACCGAAGGACCACACGGACAAGCAAACGGACAGACAGACGCACGCGACACCUCGAUGUCAUCUCGGUGCAUCUCGCUGCGAGCGCGGAUUCUCACCCUUUCCCGGCCAACAAUGUCGUCGUUCCCUUCGAAGACCCAUCCGUCGCCGCGGGAGAAGGGUUAACGGUCGCUCGUGGAUGGCCCCGACGAACACUGCUAUGUAUCAUAUCGUAUAUAUACACUACGUAUACUACUUACCGAGAAUACACUGCCACGCGCAUCGCGGGCCGAACGAGCUUGCGAAAUAAAAAAACGAGUUUUUGUACGAUUAUUAUUAUCAGAGGGCGAGGCAGUGGAAGGGAGGGCUCUACUUCGGAAACAGCGAUCCCCGGAAAAAAAAAACACAGGUGCAUUAAGGGGUUACCCGAACUUGAGAGAGCACGCAAGCACGGAGGUACCUUGAAUAAUGAAUGGUGUGGGAGAGAGAGAGAGAGAGAGAGAGAGAGAGAGAGAGAGGGAGAGAAGUGCGCAAGAAAGUUAAAAAGAGAGUGAAAAAGAGAGAAAGACGUCGGGCUUUUUUUAGAUUUCUUCAUACCUCCUCCUGUAAAUUCGUAAUCGAAGGUACCCCCUCUCGCGCGUUUCGCGUUUUCCAGCUUUCUCGGGAACUCCUUAAGAGAGAGGAAUCGACGGGAAUCCAUUCUGUCGAGAAGAAAGGCCGUAUAGCGACAACAACAAGGCGCUCGGCGCUACGUGGACAGGAAAGAAAGAAUGGAAAAGAGAGAGAGAGAAAGGGGAGGUAAAAAGGAGAAAACGAGUUCGCCGCACGGAGACGCGUCUUAAUUCUCGUUAAGAGGAAUUAGAUCACUCCCGUAAUUCCGUUAAGGGUAGAAUUAAGACGGCUGGAAACGAGUGGGAGAGGAAGCGAAGAAAAGAAGCAUACAAAUACAUACACACGAUCGAAGAUUAUCGAACGAAUUCCGGUGGUGGUUCCGGGUGACGUCCGCCCCGCGAACCGCCGAGAGAACGCAGUUUCCCCCGUUGCGUUCUCGCCGAUUCGCCCUUUAAUUUUCGAGAGAGACGGGAGAACAUUCCGUGACCAUAUCUACUUUCGGCGUAGGCUGUCGCGUUCUCUCUAUCGUAAUAACUAUAUCACGAUGAACUUUAUUUUCCCUCCAGCCCGCGCUCUCACUGUGUUUAUAUUAUACACGUGCACCCAAUGUCCGUCGCACAUAGCGAACUUCACCAUUAAAAGGAGAGAGAGAGAGAGAGAGAGAGAGAGAGAGAGAGAGAGAGAGAGAGAGAGAGAGAGAGAGAGCCCUUAGCUGUAUGCGUGACAAGCACGUAGCGCGCGAGGACACGCGUGAACCGUAUCGAAAGAGAAAGAAAGUAGAUUUCAAAAAAUUUGACCGACAGAAAACCGGUAAACCCCGUUAGACGCGAUAAAUCGAACGAGAUGUCUAGAUCGGAGUUAACCCCUUCGCUGCUCGAAGACCGGUCUCGUCUAACUGAAGUUCUCGUUUCGUCGGAGGAACAGAGAAAGGAAAGGAAAGAGGAAGGUAAGUGGACGUUUUUGAGAAUUUUGGACAUACGGAGAGAAAUAAUUUGCUGGCAAAUUUUGUGCCGUCGCGCGGUGAUAUAUCCGUUAGUUACUAAUCUGGACAGCGAAACGAUAUGUUAAGAGUACUGAUUCGCUGGAUACAUUUUGCUGAAUCUACAAAUUAUUUUACCGCACGUACGAAUCAGCGAAUGCAAGAAAGCGCUAUUUUGUUCCAAUAGCAAAUUAACGCGCGUCCCAAGGGACACGAAUUCACUCGGCAAAACUUUUCCGUCUCGGCGACGAAACUGUUUUCUUGUUCUAAUUACGAGCAAUUCGCUGAUUUGGUUAUACCGUAACAUGAAUUCCAUCGCUGUCGCAACAAAAUAUGCAGCGGCAACGAUGGUUCCGCCGCGACAGUGCAAUUAUUUUUCUCCGUGCGCAAACAUUUACUUUCGCAAUACACAUUUUUGACUCGCGACGAUCGUUCGUCGGACUCGCUCGAAUUUUGAGACACGCGAGGCCCCGACUCGAUCCGGAGACCAGAAGAGAGCGGGACUUUGUUCAUCGAGUUCAUCGAUUGGCCGAGCUUCCGCCUCAGCGAGUGUUCUCCGUGCGAGCUUGUCCCGCGAGAAAUUGAAUAUUAAAGAAUAUUGAAUAUUAAAGAACAAACGGGCGCGGAUCUUCUCAAUUAUAGACUUCCUCGCUAAGGCGAAAUCAGUUUCGCGUUCUCUCUCGCGAACGGAGUCCCGUGUCCUUUUCGCAGCGAAGGGGUUAAGGUUGGAAGACAGGGGGAGGAAAAGGGAGAACAUAGAGACGAGGAGGAGGGAAAAACAAAACGGACACUCAACAUAAUAGAACGCGUUCGGGCCUCGAAGGGGAGCAGUGAAAAAAUAGAAAACCUCGAAAUUUCGUGUCCUUCCCGAGGACGAGUCGAAGGUGUAUGCGGCGCGAGAGACGCAUAAUAGAGAGCAUGAUGGUUCACGUUCAACUGAUUAAACGCCGAAACCCAAGUGAAAAAAACAAGGAGUGAAGAGGUAAAGAGGGGACGCAAGGGACAAUUGACUGAUCGGAUCGUCGUUAAGUUUUGCGACACGGUCCGGUACUCGUGUUCGCGCCAGUUCGCACCCAGAAAAGGAGAAAAAACAGAGAGUUUGUGAUUAACGGGCGCCGCGUCGAAACAGCCGCAACUUUCUCCACAAUAGCCGAUCUAACGAAAGGAGGAGAAAAGAAGUGAGAAAGGAAGAGAAACGGGAGCGGAAAAAUGUCGAUGUUAUACGUGUGUUGAUAUCAGUCUAUACAUAUAUAUAAAACAAAUAAAUAAAAGAUAUAUAUAUAUAUAAAUAUAUAUAUAAUAAACAGAGAUAUAUUAAUGAGGAAGAAAGUAUCGAUCGGGGGGAAGAACGAGCCGAGUAGAAGCACGUGGAACGAGAAGGGGACGAAGGGGAGUAAAAGAGUAAGAGGGAGGAAGAAAGAGAGAUAAGGGGAGAAAAGAGAGACAAAAAUAAAUAGUAUCAGAUGAUAAACUUGUUGUUGGGAUGAGAAUUGAUAUUACGAAUUAUUAUUAUUAUUAUUAAUUAUUAUUAUUACAAUUAUUACCUAUAUAAAAUAUACAUAAACUCUAAUUAACACUGUUUGCUCGUUAGAUGAACCAAAAAAAAAAAGAAAAAUAAAGUAAUAAAAUAAUAAUAGCAAAACUCUAUUUCUCCGUGUAGAUGUGUCUUAAUGUUCAGCUUGCUCGGCAGCCGGCCGACGGCUUGAAAAAAAAAAAAGAGAGAAAGAGAGAGAGCCUGGCGUUCGGGGCUGUCGUGAAGUCGAGGGGGAUGUUCGAGUCGGUGUUUGAACGGACUGCCACGCGAGACUUAAAUUUUCGCGUUCGUAGGUAGACGUCGUAUGGGACGAAAAUGCCGCCGGUGUUGUUGUUAUAACUAACGUUGCGGGAAAGGCCGUAAAUCGUUGAGAAGAUGAGUGAGGGGGAGAAAAAGAGAAAUCGACUACCAACCCUCCGACGAGCUCGCAUUUUUUGGGGCUGGAAUCGGAAUAGAUUUACGGACGAACGUCCGUCGACUUUGCUGUAAAUUCACACGCGAAGGAAGAAGUGUCCAUAUUUUCAAGUCGCCGAAAAAAAGAAACACGGCGUGGGAGAACGUAUUAAUGCUUUCACACUGAAAAUUUUAGUUCUCCGUCUUGUCUGAAUUCCGCGGUUGGUAGUCGAUUGGUCUCGCCGACAGAGUAGAAUAGAGAGAGAGAGAGAGAGAGAGA